AUGAACCGGGGCACCGUACCAGCAGCUAAAUCGGCACGAACAGCCGUCAGCGAUAGUCUCUACUGUACGGUGGACACAUCACGAGUCGAAGAAGCGAACAGGUGCCAGACGCAGAUCGGCAACAUCCGAAAGGCCAUAGAGAGCGACAUGAGAAAGAGUCAGAGGCAGGAGACUUGGAAAUGCGCAGCGGUCGUGACAGACGCUCGAAACCCCGACCGGAUCAAAAUUUUAUGCAGAGACCAAACCGAGUUGAAGCAGGUCAAGGAAGCAGCGCAGAAGACGGUAACUUCGGGAGCCAGGCGUACCGCAGUGCUGGACGCCGAAGGCAACGUUCUGCCGGGCGCAGCUGAGGCGCUCGGAGCCGAGAAUUACGUCACGAUUGCCAAGAUCACCUGGCUUAGCAACAGAGAGAAAGCCAAAGCGUACGGGUCAAUGGUGAUCUAUCCGCCGCCUUACGCGAAACGAUGGUGGACGAAGGACCUUACACGACUGCGGCGGACAUACACGUACUGGCGCAAUCAAGCGAGGGCACAGCGACGAGCCGAAAAGGCCCAUUGGGAUGACUUCGUCACGGACGAGAGCAACAUCUGGAAGGCAGUCAAGUAUGUGAAGUCUGGUACGGAGAUGACAGAUGACAAGGUGCCGCCGUUGAAGAGAGCCGACGGCUCGAUCACCGAAGGCAAGGGCGAGCAAGCAGAGGAGCUCCUAAGCACCUUCUUCCCGCCUCUGCCAACGAGGAUCGAGCCGGAGGGUGAACGUUCGCAAAGAGAAGAGAUAGCCAUGCCGGACCUCACCUUGCAAGAGAUUGAGGAUAAGGUGAUGGCGGCGAAGCCUUGGAAAGCGCCUGGGGAGGACGGUCCGGUGUGGACGCUUUUCGACUCAUCGCUCCGAGAGGGCGUGGUGCCUCAUCAAUGGCGAACGGCCAAGAUCAUUCCCUUGAGGAAACCUGUCGUAGCAGAACGCAUCAGCUACGCAGUUGAGGCCCAUGGGCUUUUGCCCGCGAACCACUUCGGCGCUAGGAAACGCAGAUCGGCAGACCAAGCACUAGUGCUUCUGCAGGAGCGGAUCUACAAGGCGUGGAGAAUGGGCAGAGUGCUAAGCCUCAUCAGCUUUGACGUUAAAGGGGCAUACAAUGGAGUGUGCAAAGAGCGGCUGCUUGACAGGAUGAGAGCAAGGGGCAUCCCGGACAGAUUGGUCGUCUGGAUGGACGCAUUCUGCUCGGAACGGACCGCGUCGGUGGUUGUCAACGGGCACACAUCCGAGCAACAAACCCUGCCGCAGGCCGGCCUACCCCAGGGAUCCCCUCUGUCGCCAGUGGCUUUUCUUUUCUUCAACGCAGACCUGGUGCAAAGACGGAUCAAGUCAAACAGAGAUGAGAAGACAUCCGUCAUCCACUUCACACGCAUCGCGGAGCGCGACAGCGACCUGCCUCUCAUCAUCAAAGGAAACGAUGUCAAGCCGAAGAGCAACGUGAAGCUGUUGGGAGUCAUCAUGGACAAAGCGCUUCGCUUCAAAGAGCACAUCGCCAGAGCAGCCGCCAAGGGGCUGGCCGCGGCCAUGUGCUUGAAACGACUGAAGAUGGCCUCGCCACGGAUGGCGAGGCAACUGUUCGUAGCGACGGUGGCGCCAGCCAUGGACUACUAG